AUGAUGUGGCGUGUGCGGAGACCCUGGAUUCUGUUGCCGUGCCUUGCACUUGCGUGCAGCUUCAACUGGCAAAGUUCCGGGUCGAGCAGCGCCUUCGCCGGCGGCCGGCAAGAACGGCGCACGCACCGUCCCAUCACGCCUGUGCGUGCGGCACCGACAGAGGCGGCCCGAGAGGAGCUGCGCGACGAGACCCGCCUUCUGCGAGAGACGGUGACAGAUCUGGUUUCGGAGGUCCGCCUGCUCCGUCAAGAGCUCACAGGCGAAAUCCCGGCCGAGACUGCACCAGUGGCACCCACACGCUCGGAGACACCAGAAGCGAAGAUCCCGGUGGCCCCCGUGCCGGCCAGUCAGGCUUCGUCAGUGACAGCCUCGCGAGCAGCAAAGGCCAGCAGCAAGGGACCGCCCAUUGGGACCACUGCCGUCAAAGUCGUCAGCGCCGGCGGCGAUGCAGGGGACAUUGCAGACUUUUUCCUGGAAGAUCAGCAAGUACCGAUUGGCGGUAUGUCGAACCGGCGCGGGUUGAAUGUGGUGGUGAUUGACUCCUCAGCCGGGCAUUUGCUGUCUGCGAAGACUUAUGACAUUUGGGGAAACCCACUAGAAGAGAACCGCAGACUGGCAAAGGACCUUAGAGCCGUGGAGGAGGACAACAUCGUCCUGGUAGCCUUGAAGGAUUCGGGCGGAGAGAAUUUGGACGGCGAAGCUCUCCACGCACUGCAAGGGCUUGGCGCAACUCUGGAAGGGCGUUUGGCUUUCCGACAGGGCUAUGCGCUCAUAGGUGUGAAGGACGGGGAAGCCCUGGCGGAGAGAAAGGGACCUAUGGUUAUGGCAGAGGCCAAGCUGCCCUUCGCGGUGCGGCCGCCACAGGCCCCGGUGAGGGCUGCGCGCUGA